UAAUUUUCGUUACCCCUUUGAAAUCACGUUCGUUACGUUGGUGACAUUGCUGAGGAACCCAAGUGGCAUGUGUAAACAAGAGUGACUUAUCAUAACAAUUAAGUGGUGUUCAAUGACUUGAUAUUAGUUGGUAUUUUUAAGUCUAACAGAAGUUUGGAGUGCUAAAGUGUGUACAUUACUUUCGUGGCAUUGAAAAUAAUUGUGCACAGAAUCCAGUGGCUAUUCACAAGCUCCAGCAACCAGCUGCUGGUGAGGUGGAUUUUCCAGCAUUGCUAGGAGCAGCACAUUUGACAUAUAAUAAAAGAUGGCGCCAAAGCUGGAGAAUGUGACAUUCUUUAAUGGGCAUAAAAUGCCUAUUGUUGGGCUAGGAACAUUUCAGUCGUCUAAAGGUGAAGUUGGACGUGCUGUUGAUAUUGCCUUGGAAACAGGCUACAGGCACAUUGAUACAGCUUACAUGUAUGGAAAUGAAGCAGAAAUAGGGCAAGCUUUAAAGAAAGGGCUUGAUUCAGGGAAACUGAAACGUGAAGAUCUUUUUAUUGUAACUAAGCUUCCACCUGCUGGAAAUCGUGCAGAGUCUGUAGAGAAGUACCUUAAAAAAUCUCUAGACGCCCUGCAGUUGAGUUACGUUGACUUGUACCUGAUACACCACCCUGUGGGGGUCCAGGAUGUGGGUGGUCAAACUUUACCAAGACACAAGGAUGGAAAUGUUCUCUUGGACAUGAACACUGACAUCAUCAGCCUGUGGAAGGCAAUGGAAGCUCAAGUGGAUGCCGGUAGAGCUCAUUCAAUCGGGCUGUCAAACUUCAACUCUAGCCAAAUCAAACGCAUCUGGCAGGCUGCCCGCAUCAAGCCAGCCAAUCUGCAGGUGGAGCUGCACAUCUACUUCCAGCAGAGGGAGUUGGCUGCCUUUUGCAAAGCACUCGAUGUGACAGUCUGUGCAUAUGCUCCCUUGGGCUCUCCACAGUUGUCCAAUGUAGUACGUGCAAGAGGAGGUGAUGUUAACAAAUUAGUAAGUGUCAGUCCGAUGAGUGACCCGGUAGUGUCACGUAUUGCAGAGAAGUACAAGAAGACGGCUGCACAAGUCUUGCUGCGGCACAUCAUGCAGCGAGGAAUUGUGGUCAUCCCAAAAAGUGUCAACCCUGACCGCAUCAAACAGAACUUUGAUGUUUUUGAUUUUGAACUGACAGAAGAAGAUAUGGAUGAACUAGAUGCACUUGACAAAGGACCAAAGUGCCGAAUAUUUAAUGAAGUUAUUGCACCAGAACGAGCCAAACAUCCAGAGUAUCCAUACCAUCAGAGAUACUGAUAUUUCAGUAUUCACAGCACUGGGUAAAAUGUCAGAAGCUCUGUCAGGGAAGUCUCGAGAUAUGCUGGACAGCGGUUUUGGGCCUCCACUUUUGUGAUUUGUGUCUUUCCUGCAAAAAAUUGUAUAAAUACUAAUUUUAAUAACACAUUUUAUAUUCUUGUAGAAA